CGAAAUUGUAUGAUAAUUGAAGGCACCUUCAUAUUAUACAUUCUAUAGAAAAAGUGUAUUAAGAUAACAAGUAGAAUUCAACAGACAAAUGGUAUUAUCAGCACCGCAAGACCCUUUGCUAAGGUCUUCCCAUUCAGCUGAUACUCGCCGCCGCCGUCAGCCCUCUAGUUCGCCACCAUAUUAUCCUGGAAGUGAUGGAAAUCUGUCUACGUCUUCUUCCACUGGUUCUUUGAAAAGAAGAAGGUCCAAUAGAAAAAACAGGAGCGACUUGCAGUUUGAGUCUACUCAAGAGCAGUUCAAGUUUUCUGAAGGCGACGGAAUCGACACAGCGCAAAAGAGACUCAAAGGACUGAACCUGGCAUUGUAUCCAAAAAAUCCAUAUCGUCAUCUAUCUUGGAAAAUUGGUGAGCAAGUAGAAGCUAUCAAAUGGACAGGUGAUGCAAAAGAAUGGUAUUGUGCACGCGUAGUAGAAAUCUUGAACGAUAUCAAUGACGAGUUUCUUGUAUUUGUUCAUUAUGAAGGCUGGGCUCCUGAUGAAGCUGAUUGGAUCAGCCCAACACUAAUACGAUCUGUAAAGAAUUUCAGUCGAUUACAGUAUGGUCCUAAGGGACCCGAGAACGAUCAAUCGUGGAAAGACUAUGCCGAUUUCUAUGAUUCAAAGCAAGGCGAACAAGCACGAUAUCACACUGGCCUUGUUCAAGACAGACGUAUGUCUUUACACUGUUGCCCAUGCCAUUCUCGUGAGACAAUUCACCCUGAAAGACCAGAUCGAAUCAGUUCUAUUUUACAGACAUUUCAUAGUAAUAGAAUGCUUCGCUUUUUUAAAAGACUCCAUGCUCGCGAAAUAACAGCAGAAGAACUAUUACGAGUACACACAUUUUCUCACGUACGUAAUUAUUAUCCUUUAGACGAAGAGGACAUCCAAGUCAGAAAAGAAGCAAAAUUAUCCAAACCCUUGAAAAUUACAUCCAUUGCUGCCUUGUUAAAUCCAGCACCUACCCAUGAUACACCUGUCAAAAUGACACGUUCUCCUUCCAACAACCUUCCUAUGGUAAUGCGAGGUGUGGGUGGUGGCGUUGUUAUCCAAGCUGAUCAGGAUCAUAUCAAAAGACAACAUCGUCGCUUUUCAUCAGCAGCAGCAGCAGCAGAUGCUUCUCAAAGUGACCCACAUCCAAAUGCGCCACCAGGCCUAGUAUGUAAAAUGACAUGUGGUGAAUUAGGUAUCGCUGUAGAUACUACAUUCCAUCCUUUGUAUAGUAGUCUUUCAGCUAGAGUCUCAGCAGGUGCGUUAUUAGCAUUAGUUGAACCCAUUGUGGAAGGAUAUGUUAGGAACGGAUUUGCCUUGAUCCGGCCACCGGGGCAUCAUGCUGAAGACGACAUGGCAAUGGGGUACUGUUUUUAUAAUAAUGUGGCUGUUGCAGUGGCUGAAAUUCUAGAGAAAUACCCAGCAAAAAUCAAAAAGAUUCUCAUUAUUGAUUGGGAUAUACACCACGGUAAUGGAACACAAAAAAUCUUUUACGAUAAUCCAAAUGUUCUCUAUAUCUCAAUACAUCGUUGGGAUAAGGGUCAAUUCUAUCCAUUUACGGGUGCUCCUGAUGAGUGUGGAGAAGGCCCAGGAACAGGCUUAAAUGUAAAUAUUGCCUUUAGUGCUUCAGAAGAUAAACCAAAACCCAUGGGUGAUACGGAAUUCGUCGCUGCGUUUUACCAUUUUGUGCUGCCGAUUGCUAAACAAUUUCACCCUGACAUGAUAUUUGUUUCAGCAGGAUUUGAUGCAGCCGAAGGACAUCCUGAAAACUUAGGUGGUUAUCACGUCACGCCUCGCGGAUAUGCCAUUAUGACAAAAAUGAUUAAGGAUUUAGCUGAAGAAGUAUGCGAUGGUCGUCUCGUAUUGACAUUGGAAGGUGGAUACGAACUUCAACCAUUAGCAGCGACAUGUGCUGCUAGUGUCGCGCAGUUAUUUCAACCAGAUACAUUGCCAGAUCAACAAAUCGCAAGCUUCAAGCAUACAUUGAAUGCCAUCAAACCCAAUCUAGGCGCAGUAGAAAGCUUUCGUGAAAUCACUUUGGUACAGCAAAAAUAUUGGAAGUUCUCGGAUGCUAUGUUGUCGCCUAAUUUUCGUUUCUCAUUGCCGAAUGAUUGGAGAGCAACAGACAGUAUUUCAACUAGACCUCGUAGAGAUAAAAAACCUAUCAAGAUUCCAAUUGUUGAAGGUUAUUAAGACUAUAGACACACUCUUUUUUUUUUUGUUUGCAUAAUAAUAUAUUAUUUAUACAAUUGUUGUAUUUUUCUUUUAAGAGCAUACAUCACAAUAAUAAAACUCAUCCUUUUUAAGUUAAAUAAUCACGAAUAAAAAAAAGGAUC